AUGCCCCGCCGAGGGGGGCUGCCGGCCCCAGCCGCCGCCCGCCGGCCCCCCCCGCUCCUCCGCCUCCUCCUCCGCCUCCUCCUCCUGGCCGCCCCGCUGCAGCCCGGCAGAGGUCUCAACCUGUGCACGAGUGGAAGCGCCUCAUCCUGCGAAGAGUGUCUCCUCAUCCAUCCCAAGUGUGCUUGGUGCUCCAAAGAGGAGUUUGGCAGCACAAAGUCCGUCCCAUCGCGGUGUGACUUCCUGCAGAACCUCAUUGCCAACGGUUGUGCUGGCGCCAUCGAGAACCCACGCAGCAGCAGCAGCGUGAUGAAGAACAUCCCCUUAAGCAGCAAGGGCUCUGGGCAGAGCCACCUGGAUGUCACACAGAUCACUCCGCAGAAGGUCGCCCUGAGUCUUCGUCCUGGUGACAGGACCUCCUUCCGAGUUCAGGUCCGGCAAGUGGAGGACUAUCCUGUGGACCUGUACUACCUGAUGGAUCUCUCCCUGUCCAUGAAUGACGACCUGGACAAUAUUCGCAAUCUGGGGACAAAGCUGGCUGAAGAGAUGCGGAAGCUCACUAGCAAUUUCCGGCUGGGCUUUGGCUCUUUUGUGGACAAAAACAUUUCUCCUUUCUCCUACACAGCACCGAGAUACCAAAACAAUCCCUGCAUUGGGUAUAAGCUGUUCCCAAGCUGUGUCCCUUCAUUUGGUUUCCGCCAUCUCUUGUCCCUGACGGACAAAGUCGACCGUUUCAAUGAAGAAGUGCAGAAGCAGAAGGUGUCCCGGAACCGGGAUGCCCCAGAGGGUGGUUUCGAUGCAAUUUUGCAGGCUGCUGUGUGCAAGGAGAAGAUCGGCUGGCGGAAGGAAGCAUCCCACCUGCUGGUCUUCACCACGGAUGAUGUGCCCCACAUAGCUCUGGAUGGGAAGCUGGGGGGGCUGGUGCAGCCCCACGAUGGCCAGUGCCACCUGAACGAGGCCAAUGAGUACAGCGCGUCCAGCCAGCUGGAUUAUCCUUCCCUGGCACUCCUUGGGGAGAAACUGGCUGAAAACAACAUCCACCUGAUUUUUGCUGUUACAAAAAGCCAUUAUGUCCUGUACAAGAACUUCACUGCCUUGAUUCCUGGGACCACGGUGGAGAUUUUGCACAAGGACUCCAAGAAUAUCAUCGAGCUGAUUGUCAAGGCCUACAACAGCAUUCGGUCCAAAGUAGAACUCACUGUCUGGGACAGCCCUGAGGACAUUGGCUUGACCUUCACUGCCACCUGCCAGGAUGGAUUGUCCUACCCUGGGCUCAGAAAAUGUGGGGAUCUCAAGAUAGGAGAUACGGUUUCCUUUGAGGUGUCGGUGGAGGCCCGGGGCUGCCCUGCUGAGGACACCUCCCAUGUCUUUACCAUCAAGCCAGCUGGCUUCCGUGAUACACUGGAAGUGAACGUCACCUACAACUGCCUCUGCGGCUGCACCAGCCAUGCGGAGCCAUCCAGCAGCAAGUGCAGCAGCAAUGGGACCUAUGCCUGCGGGCUGUGCGAGUGCGAUGCCGGCUACCUGGGGGCCCGCUGCGAGUGUGAGGAGGGGGCCGGCGGGGAGACCCAGCCUGGGCUGUGCCGUGAGGUGGAGGGAAAGCCCGUCUGCAGCGGGCGGGGGGAGUGCAGCUGCAACCAGUGUGUGUGCUAUGAGAGCGAGUUCGGGAACAUCUACGGGCCCUUCUGUGAGUGUGACGACUUCUCCUGCGCCCGAUACAAGGGAGUCCUCUGCUCAGGCCAUGGGGAAUGUCACUGUGGGGAGUGCAAGUGCCACACGGGCUACAUCGGGGACAACUGCAACUGUUCCACCGAGACCGCCGGCUGCGUCUCCAGUGAUGGGCAGAUGUGCAGCGGCCGCGGCAACUGCAUCUGUGGGAGGUGCCAGUGCACCGAGCCUGGGGCGUUCGGGGAGACCUGUGAGAAGUGUCCCACCUGCCCAGGGGUCUGCAGCACCAAAAGGGACUGCAUUGAAUGCAAGCUGUUUAACUCAGGAAGACUGGAUAACCAAACCUGCCAAAAGCACUGCAAGGAUGAGCUCAUCACCACUGUGGAUGUUCUCAAAACGGAUGACCCCAACGCAAUCCUGUGUGCCUACCCGGUGAACAACUGUGUCAUGAAGUUCACCUACUCGGAGCUUGCCAAUGGGAAGUCCAACCUCACCGUCCUCAAGGAGCCAGCAUGCAGCUCAGCCCCCAGCGCUGUGACCAUCGUGCUAGCUGUCAUUGGCAGUGUGGUGCUGAUUGGCACCAUCCUGCUGGGUCUCUGGAAGCUGCUCGUCACCAUUCAUGACAGGAGGGAGUUUGACCGAUUCCAGAGCGAACGCACCCGGGCGAGAUAUGAAAUGGCAUCCAAUCCUCUCUACCGAAAGCCCAUUUCUACGCAUAAUGUAGAGUUCACAUUCAACAAGCUCAACAAAUCUUACAAUGGUACAGUUGACUGAUCAGGUCUCAGCACGAGGGACCGCUGUGGACAAUUGCUUGACUGUAUUUGCUGCUUCUCAACUUGAAGAUGGGAUCCUCUUCAGGGAAGAAAAUACUUUACAACAGGACUGGUCGAUGACACGAGCCUGUUAUUUGCACAGUAAGGAGAAAAGCAGCGUGUGCUGUCUGAUCUGGGACAUGCCGAUGCCAUGGCAGGCUCACCAGUUGUGCUUGUGGAUUCUGAGCCCUGUGACUCCACAGCCCAGGUUUCUGGAUCUAUGAAACCUGCCAACGAAGAGAACCAAGUGCCACAUUGCAGCUUUAGACAUAUCCCAUCCCACUAUAAAGGGUGAGUAGGCCAAAAUCAGGGGAAGUCACGGCAUUGCAGGUUGGGAGGGGGGGAAUUAGCUUAAAAAGAGGAGGGUGUUGGAAGCAUUUGUGUAAGAAAUUAGGAUACAUGAGUUCUGCAGUCUUUAGAAUUUUUUUUUUAUAUAAAAACAAAAUAAAACUAUUGUGCAUA